AUGAAGAACCUCGCCCUACCCCUCCUCUCCCUCCUAGCGGCGCCGCUCGCCUUUGCCCAGUCCGGCAAGGUGUUGAUCCCGGUGACCAGCUUCGACUCCAAGGAGGAGUUUGACAAGUACUGGGGCCCUCUAUACCCCUGGGGCAGCGACCACAACGGCUCCGCCCGCAUGCGCGACUCCCAGGUCCGUCUUGAAAACGGCACCGUCACAAUCACAGCCCAGAGGGUCAACGGGGAGCCCCAGGCCACUCACGGUGGUAAGAAGCUGGACAUCCGCUACCUGAGCGGCGCCAUCCACGCCUUGGAGCAUUACGCCGUUCAGGCCGGUGGCGGAAUCGACUACAUCGCCGACCUCAAGGUGAAGGCGAUGGCCCCUGAGAUUGACAUGGCUGAAUGGAAGGGAACCGGCAAGAUCUCCUUCAACACUUUUAACACAAGCUCGCAAGUCUCGGCCCUCGAUGUCGCCUACCCGGACCCGGACGAGUUCCAUAGCUUCAAGUGCGAGACGCGCGAUAUCAAUGGCCGCGAUGUAUCCGUCAAGUUUUAUAUGGAUGACAAUGUUGUUGCUGAACAAGUCGGCAGAGACUACGUUGGCAAGACUAUGUAUCUGUAA